AGUCUAUAAAGUCCAAUUUUCGUUGGGAAACGUGGAAACUUUGUUUUCGCGAUUAUGUCAGAUAAUAAAGCCGCUAAAAGGGGUAAAAAAAGACCCAAGUCAUAUUAUAUAAAAUGUAGCAAGCAAGGAAAACAAUCUAGAAUUGAUUAUACCUUGAAAAGCGGUAUUAAAGGAUUUUUUAUAACUCAUAAUCGGAGGGAACGAGAAGCUUUGAGAGAAGGUUAUGGAUUCCUUAAUGAUGCCGCUGACAACCUUUACGGACCAGAAGAUCCGGAAGAAUCAGGAUCAGAAGAAGAAGAAGAAGAGGAUAUAGAAAAGGCGAUCGCGAAAGAAAUAGAUGGUCUAAAGGAGAAAAAAGAAAGGAGGUUCCAAAAAAUCGAUUGUGGAGCAAACAAUUGUCUUUUCGUUAGAACAACAUUAGAAGAACCAAAUACGAUAUGUCAGAAAGUUUUCGAGAAUACAGAAAAUAAACCAUGUAAAUUUGUGAUGAGAUUCUUACCAGUUUUACUAACAACAGCAGCGACCGACUCAGAAAUAAAGAAAGGGGCCGAGAACGUUUUAGAGAAAUAUUUCAAACAAGACGACGGAGUAACUUAUAGUAUAGUAUUCAAGUCUAGAAAUAAUUCAAAAAUUGGAAGAAGUUUUAUUCUAGAUGCCAUAACAGAAGUUGUUAAAGGUUUUAACAGCAGUAAUAAAGUUGACUUGAACGCACCAAAGUACGCAAUUCUCAUUAAUAUAAUUAAAGAAUAUGUAGUCUCAAAAGUUAAUAAUAGUUAA